AACUAUUAUCUGCAGAUUGAAAGAUGGAGGAUAAAAAUGUCGUCAAAGAAGUAAUGGACCUUUCUGAUGCUGAUCCGUCUCCUAACGCCAAAGUAAUUGAUAAAAAAGACUUGAAAGUUGAAGAAGAUGAAGAACGAAAUGCAGAGAAACCGGAGGCAAUGGUUCCUGUAGAGAAAUGGAAUUCAGGAGAGAAGAUUUUAUGCUUUCACGGUCCGCUGAUUUACGAAGCUAAAAUUCAGACGGUUGAAGUACAGAACGGUGUAUACAAAUACUUCAUCCAUUAUCACGGUUGGAACAAGAGUUGGGAUGAAUGGGUUCCCGAGGCUAGGAUGCUGAAACAUACGGAGAAAAACAAAUCAAUACAGCAGGAUCUCAUUCGAGCUCAUGAAGAAAAAAAUAACGAGAAACGUCGUCGGAUUCUCAAGCGGAAAAACGAAGAUCUAUCCGAAGUUGAAGUUGAUCCAGUAAAAUCAAGUAGACCUGAGCAUAUAUUCGCUAUUCCUGCUGCCCCCAGCCCUAACCCACGCCCUAGAAGAAAAGCAGGACUUAGACCUCAGAAACGAGAAGUAAAGAGUUCAGUAGAACUUGAAGAGAACGAGGUUGAGGAGGAUGAAGAAUAUCAGCGGAAUCGAUCUAAAAUUGCAGAAACAUUGAAACCGCCAGACAAUACGGUUGAGUCGGAGGAAAUCUUUAAAUCUAAGGUUGAGAUCAGAGUUAGAAUUCCUGAUGAGCUAAAAUCCUAUAUUGUGGACGAUUGGGAGCAGAUAACAAGGAAUAAUUGUCUUUGUUCACUUCCUGCAAAACUAACAGUUCAUCAACUUUUGGACAACUACGCAAGAGCUAAGACGAAUAAAUCUGAGAGUGCCAGCAAGAAUAAUAAAGAAAAAGCUAUCGUGGAGGUAACUGCUGGUCUACGUGAAUACUUUAAUGUAAUGCUUCCGACUCAGCUGUUAUUUAAACAGGAACGUGAUCAAUAUCAGAAGAUGAAAGUAUCCGACAGUGGUCUGGUUCCAACCAAGAUUUAUGGAACUCCACAUCUUCUCCGUCUAUUCACAAAGCUGGGAGAAUAUCUAGUUUAUACCCCGCUAGGAGAAAAGACGAUAUCUCUUCUACAGAUAUAUUUACAGGAUAUACUCAAUUAUAUGAAGAAGAAUUCUAGUAUUAUUUUUUCAAACUCGGAUUAUUAUUCUUUAGAAAAAGGUGAACCUGAGAAUAAUAUAACUUGAGCUUUCUACAUAUUUUUGCUCUAAUAUAUAUAUAUAAAGAGUUA